AAAACAAUUACUUAAUUUUAAAAUUUCAUUGUACAAAGAAAUAAUAGAAAUUUAUUUUAGUUUUACUAUGUGUUUAAAUAAAAGAAUAGCAAGAACAAUAGUUAAACAAAAAUUGACAAGAUAAGUCUGGAAAUUAAUUCGAUAUUUAGAAUGUCGUUGUACUUUUAUUCGUGACGUGGAAAAACAUUUUAAAUCAUAUGUCAUCAAAUUUUUUUUCAUGCAUUUUUUUUCACAAAUUUAUUUCCAUAAAUGUACUUCUCACAUAAAAGGACGUCAUUGUAGUAAAUUACAGUCGAAUUUGUAAGAAGUUGUUUAGUUGAUCAGGAACGUGUGCGUGUGUGUGUGUGCAGUCAUUAUUUUGUAUAUAUACUCUUCAGUAAAUUAAAUAAAUUAGGUACAUUAUGUUAAGACAAUUAAUUUUUGAAUCGAUAUUUUUUCAAAUGUAAUAAUCUUUGUUUAAGUUUAACUGUAAUAAUCGAGUGUAAAAAGAAAAUGAAAAUGAAACGUAGUAGGUCUCUAUCUCCUAAAGCUUCAAGUAGUGAAGAAGAUAUGAAACGCGUCAAAUUUGAAGAAAGUGAAAAGACAAAUGAUAUUAUAACACAUCCACAUGUGUUGGAUUUUUCUGAUGAUGUUCUGUUAAACAUAUUAAAAUAUCUGAAUCCCAAAGAUCUCAUGACAAUAAGUUUAUCUUGUCAACGAUUAGCCCAGAUAGUACAAGAUAAAACUUUAUGGAGAAGAGUGGAUUUUCGAGCAGCACCUAUAUUACUGAAUGACUUAAAAGAAUAUAUAAAAUUUCUUCAACCUAUAACAAUAAGUCUUGCUAUACGUGGUGAUUUAUAUUGUGAGAAUGAUACAGAACUUAGUCUUUGCUUUUUUAACUGCAUUAAAACUACAUGCAUUCAACUUAAAGAAUUAAUUAUUGAAGAGUAUUGUAUUAAUGGAGAUGAAAUUCAAAUAACAGAUUUUCCAAGAACCAUAGAAAAACUUUCAUUAGAAGGUUGCAAAAUUGAACAUUUGCGUAGUAAUAAAUCAUAUUUUUUCAGGAUGAAUUUCCAUAUGCCUAAUUUAACAUGUUUAAUUUUAAGCAAUUGCCAAUGGUUUACCCCACAUUCAUUGUUGGUCAUUAGUAAGAUGCCAAAGUUAAAGGAAUUAAGGCUAAAUUCGUGUCACCGUUUAGGUGAAUGCGUCGCAUACACUAGUUUAGCUACAAGAUUUGGAUUUAAGACAUUAGAAAUCCUUGAUUUGCGAGAUACAGCGCUUGGUGACAGCGAAGUUGGAUGUUUUAGUUGUACUAAAACUUUAACACAUCUUUACCUGGAGUGUCCUUCCAGUUUACGAAAUGCAGAAUCAUCUGAUGAACUUCGACCUUUACAACGAGAGGCUUUAAAUCAACUUCCUGUAUAUGAAGAUGGAAAUCUUGCACAAUUUUUCGUGGAAGAUGGAUUUCGUUGGGAAAAUUAUAUGUUUGGACGUUGUCUAAUAACGGAUAGAGCAAUUUGUGCUCUUGGUAGUGAUACAUGUGAUCGUAUAAUCAACAAUUCAGCAGAAGAAGUUAUAGUUGUAGAGGGAGACAAACGGAUAUUUAAUAAUCCUCAUUUAAAAACACUGGUUGUUAGAAAUUAUCCCCAUGUUACAAAUUCGAGUCUUGUACAUUUGGCUUUAAAUGCAUCAAGUCUAGAGCAUUUGGAUGUAAGUGGAACAUCUGUUACAAGGCAAGGUGUUGAAACUUUCAAGUCGCAAAGACCGAACGUUAAAAUAGUUACUUCUUUUGAUGAAACAUAGUUAUAACAAACUAUAAAUCUGUGAAUUUAGUACGAUUAACAAAACUUAAGUAUAUGUUUAAUACAUGUUUGAACAUUGGCAGGCACAAGCAAAAAUAUAGAAUCAUUCGGAAGCCUUCAAUAAUAUGAUAGUUUUACUGUUGGAUAAAUCUAUUUUCCGCAAGAAAUUAAUAUAUUCGUAAGGAUUAAAAAUAAACAAUUUUUUAUUUUUCAUUAAAUAAUGUAAAUUUCAGAAUAUAUGUUCUAAAAUAUAUUUUCGCGUUUUUAGAAUAAUAUUUCAAAUUAAUUUUAUAACUCCAUGUGUGUUCAAUAUAUUUAUUCGCGCAUGUAUUACAAUCCCAUUACAUUGUAUAUAAAUAUUUGUGUGCAGUCUGAUAUUAUUUUCUGUAGUGUAAUAAAUUAGAUACACUAUCUUGAAUUAAUGGUAAUGAAAUUUCAUUAUCAAAUGAAGAUACUAAUAUGUACGAAAUAUUUUAAAUACAAUAUUCAACAAGAGAACGAGCGAGCGAGCGAACGAGCGAGAGAAAGAGAGAGAGAGAGA